UGCCAGUUGUGGUAUCAUCUAAUGCACAGUCAUUUCUAAGAUUAGACCAUUUUACUAGCCGCUUUAUACCAGCUAGAGUUAGUUAGCGCGCUAACGUUAGCUAAAUGUGCUUUUAAUGCGUUGUUGGAGCCUUCAUUGGCUAGCUAACUGCAGUGCUCUUAGUUAAUAUGUAACGUUAUGCAUUAACCUCCGGAAGUCCUAACCUUACCUAACUGCUUAGGUGGAAAUGCAAAACUGUAACGUUACCUUAGUCGUUAGAUCAGCGUCAAGGCCGGAGAAAAUUCAACUUAAUCCGUGUAUUCAGCCAUUUGUCAUAUUGGAUCCAGGAGUCUUUCCUACAGUUAGCCGAGCUGGCCCAACCUCAGAAUCAUAGCUAUCGGAGAUUUGCAUUGGCUCACAAUGUUGUGGCAAACAGUGACAUCUCCGGAGACUUGUUAACUGUAUUGAUACAGGUGUUGACAUCACUCACUACCUCUGCUGCUGAAGGGUUCUCUGCUCUGGACCCGUUUCCAUUCAACAUGACAUCAGAGAACACCCUGGACGAUGAGGACACCUUCAAGAUCCUGAUCGCCACGGAUAUUCACCUUGGUUACCAGGAGAAAGAUGCUGUCCGUGGCAACGACACGUUCAACACCUUCGACGAGAUCCUGAAGUGUGCCAAACAGAACCAAGUUGACUUCAUCCUGUUGGGAGGUGAUCUGUUCCAUGAGAACAAGCCUUCCAGACGCUGUCUUCACUCCUGCAUCUCUCUGCUGAGGAAGUACUGCAUGGGAGACACUCCUAUCCUCUUCGAUGUCCUCAGUGACCAGGCUGUCAACUUCAGCAACAGCAAGUUUCCGUGGGUGAACUACCAGGAUGAGAACCUGAACAUCUCCAUCCCCGUGUUCAGCGUGCACGGUAACCAUGACGAUCCUACAGGGGCGGAUGGUCUGUGUGCGUUGGAUCUCCUGAGCUCUGCCGGACUUGUCAAUCAUUUUGGCCGCAGCCAAUCAGUAGAGAGGAUAGAGAUUAGUCCCGUCCUCCUGCAGAAAGGCAGCACUAAGCUAGCCCUGUACGGCAUCGGCUCUAUUCCUGAUGAGCGCCUCUAUAGGAUGUUUGUUAACAACCAGGUGACCAUGCUCCGCCCCAAAGAAGACCAGGACCAAUGGUUCAACCUCUUCACCAUCCACCAGAACAGGAAUAAGCAUGGGGCCACCAACUACAUCCCAGAGCAGUUUCUGGAUGACUUUCUGGACCUGGUAGUGUGGGGUCAUGAACAUGAGUGUCUGAUAAACCCCAGCAGGAACGAACAGCGGCUGUUCUAUGUCACCCAGCCUGGUAGCUCUGUUGCCACAUCACUGUCCCCCGGAGAGGCCGUCAAGAAGCACAUAGGUCUGCUGAGGGUGAAGGGGCGUAAGAUGAACCUUCAGAAGAUCCCACUGCACACGGUGCGUCAGUUCUUCAUCCAGGACCUGGUCCUCUCAGAGCACCCUGACCUCUUCAACCCUGACAUGCCCAAGGUCAACCAGAGGGUAGAGGCCUUCUGCCAGGAGAAGGUGGAAGCGAUGAUUGAGGAAGCAGAGCGAGAUCGACUAGGAAACCCCCUUACCCCUGAGAAGCCCCUCAUACGCCUCAGAGUGGACUACAGCGGUGGUUUUGAGGCCUUCAAUGCCACUCGUUUCAGUCAGAAGUUUGUAGAGCAGGUUGCAAACCCCAAAGACGUUGUUCACUUCAUCAGACAGAAGGAGUACAAGGCCAAAGUUAAAGGGGACGAGGGUGUUGACUUUGGGCAGCUCCUGAGUCACUCCUCAACUGAGGGUCUGAGGGUGGAGGAUCUCGUUAAAGAGUACUUCCUGACAGCAGAAAAGCUUAAGAGAGUUUACCCAGGAUCGGAUCCACUCUUUGCGUCCCUGGACUACACCUCUCCGUUCUUCGUGGCCUUUCUCCGCUGGAGAUCUAUUGGCGGAUUGGAUUGUCUGACUGACCGACUGACUACCACCUUUUUGUAUACGACGGUGCAGCUCUCCCUGCUGACAGAGCAGGGCAUGGGGAAGGCGGUGCAGGAGUAUGUGGACAAGGAGGAGAAGGAUGCCAUCGAGGAACUGAUCAGAUACCAGCUGGAGAAAACCCAGAGACACCUGCAGCAGAGAGGAGUACUGACAGAGGAGGAGAUUGACCAGGAGAUUCGCCGUUUCAGAGAAUCUAAGAAAAACACUGCAGAGGAGGAUGAAGAGGUUCAGGUGGCCCUCAACAGAGCUAAAGCUCACCGCAUAGAGCGAGGCGAAGACCUGGACUUAUCAGAUGAGCCUGAUGUUUCCAUGGAUUCGGACGAGGACUCUGCCCCGCCUCCCCCCACCAGGGGCAGGGGGCGGGGUGGCAGGGGAAGGGGAAGAGGCCAAACCACAGCCAGGAGAGGAAGAGGUGCAGCAGAGCCAAAGCCAGCAGGGCGGGCCCGUUCUCAGAAGGCCUCAGUGGUCAACCCCACCCAGGGCAGAAACAUCAUGGAUGCGUUCCAGGCUCCACCUCAGCGCCCAUCGAGAGGGGCGGUGUCGGCUAAAUCUUACACAGAUGAGAUAACCAUUGAUGAUGAUGACUCUGACGAUGUUUCCUUUGUGAAGCCUGCAUCACGACCAACACAGAGAACCUCCUCUUCCUCCUCCAGUAGGCGGGGCUCCCAGAGUCAGAGCCAAUCAUACAGAGGAGUGACAUUUGACGACGACGAUGAUGAGGAGGACUUUGACCCGUUUAAAGGCUCCAGUAGGAGUGGCCGGCGAUAGCUUUAACCCCGCCCCUUUGGACAAUGUUCAUGUUUCUUAUUGGCUAGUGAGCUGUGAAUGUAUGAUUAACUUACCCAUAGUUCUUCACACCACUUAUGGUCCUGACGAUGGACCCCUGGGCUGCCAAUACGCUGCCUGUUCAGAAUAGAGGAAGCUUUAGCUGGCUGAACCUGUGUCUAAACUCUUAUUUUUCAUCCUAUACCUUGUUCUCAAUCUUUUUAAUUGUGAGAUAAUGUCGUACGGUGAGGUCCCAGCCCUAUUAGGUUUCCAUUCAUUCUAACUUCUAGCUGGACUUUUCCAUACCAUCUGAAGACCUGCUUUGACUGUUGAUUGGCCGUUCUGAGUUCCUAAAGCGUCAUUAGUUAGUUUUGUUGAGCCCUGUUAUUGGUCAGUGUUGGACCCAUUCAGUCACCAUGGCGACCGUCUGCUUUCAGCAAAUUUAUUAAAUACUUCCUGUUUCUA